AUCUGCAUUGAAUCUUGCUGAAGAGGAAAAAAUAACUUUUUAUGUCACAAUUUGUUUGGUUUUAUUGUUUUUUCAGAAGCGUGAAAUCCCAGAUUAUCUUUGUGGAAAGAUCAGCUUUGAGCUGAUGAGGGAGCCCUGCAUCACACCAAGUGGAAUCACAUAUGAUCGCAAAGACAUCGAAGAGCACUUACAGCGAGUUGGACACUUUGACCCGGUCACCCGGAGCCCCCUGACCCAGGAUCAGCUGAUCCCCAACCUGGCUAUGAAGGAAGUGAUCGAUGCCUUUAUCCAGGAGAACGGUUGGGUGGAGGACUACUGAAAACAAAACAAAAAAACACCUCCCAUUUCUCCCUCAUGCCCUCCCCGCCUCGUACUCAACACAAAGCCUGAACUACUGACGGCUUCUGGAAACAGAUCACCCCUUGCCUGGAUAUGCAUCGUACACGAGCAGGAAAAGCCGCACUCUGGACUGCCUGAUGGGAGCCAUGUAUCUCGGUUUGCCUCCUCCCUGCAUUCAGUCUUUGCUGUAAAACUUCUCGCUGCAACUCUCCACGGCUCAGUGUUCAUAUGCUGCUCCCUUUAAGAGCCUUUCUUUCUCUGUCUUGUUUUUCAUUCUUUCCUGUUCGACUCUUCUGUAAUCAAACGUCUUCAGGCCUCUCUUGCACACUUCCUGCUCUUCUUUCCUUCUGUUUCUGAGUGCCACAGUUAUCGACAAGUUUCAAGUGUUACACGUAGAACACUAAUAUUAAAGAAAAAAGCAUAAAAAUGGAUCAUUUUUAGCUUUUGAUUUGGCCUUUUUUUCACUAAACAAUGUUUGUAUACGAGUUUUACAUCGAAAGCACAGGUUCAUCACAGUUUUACUGCAAGAUUUCUCAUGAACUCGACACAAUUUUCUUUCCUUUUCAUAUCAGACACCCCCAUAGCAGACAAUUCAAAUCAGCUGAAUGUAUAAAUGAUGUAUUCCAUAGAAUCUUUUUUUUAAAAAUAAUUCAAGGUGUUUUUGUAUUUGAUUCAUUUGAGGUCAUCAUUUAAAGCCUUGAACAGGAAGCGUGAUAAUGAAAUGCUGCAUAUAAAGAACGUUUUCAUGUUGCUGGGUUUACAUUCAAAUCUUUCAACCAGAUCAGACUCUGUCCCCCCCGCCAAAUCAAAGAAAUGCUGGAAGACUUCCGACCAUCUUUCAUCCAUACCUCAGUCCAAGUGUUUGUGUGCUGGAGCUCCAGCAUUUUCGGUUCCGUGCUUGUAGUCGGCCGGUUUUCCAGCUGAAGGUGUCUGUGGUUAAACGGGCUUGUUGGUUGUCGUUUGUUUUGGGGUGCAGACAUUGUACAUAAUUUUGCUGGUCUUACUCAAAACGUUAUUUCUUGAUGAUAUAGUUUCUUUUUUUCUGGAGAAAUCCUAAAGCUUGAGAAAUUGUAUUAAAUGUAGAUAUGUUGAUAACAGAAAUUCCGAUUCCAUUCAUUUGUCCCCGUUUAAGCAUAAAUUUGGGAGUAUGUAUGUUGUGAUGCUAGUGGAUCAUUAAAGGAGAUACAAAGAGUGAAUGGAACUCUACUGCUUAUUAGACAUUUAAUAAUAAAAGUUAUUGCAAAACU